UGACGGAUAUGGGUAGUUAGUUGAGUGUGGCUCUGAACCAUAAACGUAGAAAGCUUUGAGAACAUAAUUUCUGUGCUUUAUUAUCUUCAUCACUUUCACCACUCAUAAAACUGGACUUGAAAGCUCAAGAAUCCCGUCUUCAAAACUAUGGAAGUUAUGUGCAGAGUUAGUACAUUGGCGUGGGCUCACUCCAUCUCUCCUUCUCUGCACAUUCCUCAAAACUUGUCUAGGCGUGAGACUAAGAGAUUCAGAGUUUGGUGUGCUAAUGCUGACCAAACCCAGAAGAUGACUGUAUCAGUAACAGGAGCUACGGGCUUCAUAGGUAAAAGAUUAGUGGAAAGACUGCAAGCAGAUAAUCACCAAGUUCGUGUCUUGACACGCUCAAGAUUUAAAGCUCAGUUAAUUUUUCCCGCCAGAGUCUUUCCUGGACUUGUCAUUGCGGAGGAGCCAGAGUGGAAAGACUGUAUUCAGGGUUCUACUGCUGUCGUAAAUUUAGCUGGAAUGCCUAUAAGUACAAGAUGGUCCUCAGAGAUCAAGAAAGAGAUCAAGGGAAGCAGGGUUAGAGUGACCUCAAAGGUUGUAGAAUUAAUUAAUGGGUCACCAGAAGGAGUUCGGCCAUCUGUGUUGGUUAGCGCAACAGCUGUUGGUUACUAUGGAUCCAGUGAAACACAAGUAUUUGAUGAGGGUAGCCCAUCAGGAAAUGAUUACUUGGCCGAGGUCUGUAGAGAGUGGGAAGGGACAGCCCUAAAAGUGAACAAGGAUGUAAGAUUAGCACUUAUUCGCAUUGGCGUUGUUCUUGGUAAAGACGGUGGUGCUUUAGCUAAGAUGAUCCCUCUUUUCAUGAUGUUUGCUGGCGGACCUUUGGGUUCUGGCAAACAAUGGUUUUCAUGGAUUCACUUGGACGACAUAGUGAACCUAAUAUAUGAAGCUCUAUCAAAUCCAUCUUAUCAAGGAGUUAUCAAUGGAACUGCACCAAACCCUGUUCGAUUAUCAGAGAUGUGUGACCAUCUGGGCAAUGUCAUGGGGCGACCUUCAUGGCUGCCUGUGCCGGACUUUGCCCUGAAGGCUGUUCUUGGAGAAGGUGCUACAGUGGUUCUAGACGGGCAAAGAGUGGUGCCUGCUAAAGCCAAAGAAUUGGGUUUCUCAUUCAAAUACCCCUAUGUGAAGGAUGCACUCAAAGCCAUUCUCUCUUGAAAGGAGCAUAUGUAACUCAUAGCAUCAACAUUGUUUAUUUUUUUGGUUAGAGAGUCUUAAUCUUCCACAGUAUCACAAGACAGAGAGUUUGAUGUUACAUUGUCGUCUACCCAA